AUUUCAAACAACAUUAAUCAUCACAUGUUUCUUCAAAACCAAAUCUCAGAAACCAAAUGACAACCAUCAUACAAUCACCCAAAUCCUCAGUAAAAUCAUCAUCGUCUUCCCCAACCAUGAAACACGAAAACGACAGUCAUUGUCGUCGAGACGCCAACUGCAGCUGCAAAAUCUGUCUAGACAGCAUAAACGCCACACUCGAUUUAAUGCCAAUAAGUGCUCAAAGAAGCACCCUCACUACUAAUACUAAACUCUCAUCAUCAAAAUCAAAACCAUUAUCAUCUCCACCUCAAACCCCUCUUUUUUUCGAUAACCCUUCAACCAUUUCGACCCCUAUGUCUCUUACUUCUCGUCUCAUGCUUUCCCCCAUUGUUAACUCGACCCAAAGAAAUGGGUUGAAGUUACAUAUCAAGAAAAACAAGGAACAACUUGGAAGUGGGUUAAUGUUUAUGAAAUGUGUCUUUGUUUCGUGUUUGGUUUUGGUUUUGGUUUCAAGAUUCGGGUUUUUGUUUUUGAGCAAUAAGAUGUUGGAAACUAAGUUGUCUCCAGAAAUAGUUAGGAAUUUAAGUGACAAGUCUUUAGAAUUGGGGGUUUAUGAUGUGAAAGAAAGAUUAGUGUUUUUGAGUAAUGAGCUGCAAAAUCUUGUCCCGGAAGCUGCCUUUGUGAAUCCCAUUUGGGAAAUAGUUCAGGAUGGUUUGAUACUGAGAUCUCGCUGCAUACUUUACAAAUCAAGAAAUGAACAAGUCAGUAUUUGGGGAUGGCCUUUGCGGACUGCUGGAUUGGUCAAAACUGAAUUUCAUUCAAGGUCAUUCACUAUUUUGUCAGGAAGAGUUAGCGAGUGGUCAAAUGGGGAGUUGAAUUGUGUGAUUAGAACAGCAAAUGCUUCAUGGGAACAGGGCAAGUGGAGUGAUUUAGCAUGGCAGUUAGAUGAAAAUACUUGGAUUCUCGAGUACAAAAGAAGCUUUGUCUUUGAGAACACACGACCAUUUUGGUCAGCAAUGGAAUUCUUGAAAUUCAAGAUGAUGAUAGCAUUUCAACAGAUGGAGUUGUGGAAUGUUUCUAAUGGCAACGGUAAUCACAUGGCUCCCACAUGAGAAGCCUUUUCACUUCUUUUUCUUUGUGAUCUUAUUUAGUGGAACGUUUCUAAUGGUAACGGUAAUCACAUAGCUCCCACAUAGAACUAACUGUAUGGCAUUGCUAAAACCAACUAAUCUUCUUGGUUGUAUGAAAUGUUAUGCUCAUUUGCUUUGUUUUUC